GUAAUGUUUUAUAGUGUAGGUCUGAUCUUGUUUUUGUCUGUACACACGUUGUUAGUGUGUGGCUGCUGCUGCUGCUGCAGAGGAAGCAACAACUUAUUUUUGGCAUCUGACAUUAAAGCUCACCCUCAGCAGAGAGAGGAGCGACCCCACAAAGCUGCAGGAGCACCAGAGACUCACUGCACCUCUGUGUGCGUCCCCUCCUCUACAGACCCAGUAUUGAUUAUGGAUUAUCUUUACACUAGGAAGUGAUCGGUACUGAUACGCCUGGUGUUGAGCUGUGAGAGGAGAACACUGUUCUAUCUGAGGUGGUGAAGUUGACAUCCCUCCAUCAUGACCAAAGACGAGGAGAUCCCUGACUGCGUCGGAGCUCAGGAGUUCUACGACAAGUAUGAGACCAAGGAGAUUCUGGGAAGGGGGGUGAGCAGCGUGGUGCGUCUCUGCAUCGACAAGCGGACAUCUCAGGAGUACGCGGUGAAGAUCAUAGACAUCACCCCCUCAGACAAGACGACCCCGCAGGAGAUUGAGGAGAUCAGGGAGGCGACGGUGAAGGAGAUCGACAUCCUGAAGCAAGUCUGCGGAAAGGACAACAUCAUACAGCUUAAAGACUGCUACGUGUCUAACGCCUUCUUCUUCUUGGUUUUUGACCUGAUGAAGAGGGGUGAACUUUUUGACUACCUCACAGAGAAAGUUACUCUGAGCGAGAAGGAAACCAGGAACAUCAUGCGAGCUCUGCUGGAGGUGGUCCAGUUCCUCCACGCCCAGAACAUCGUGCACCGGGACCUGAAGCCUGAGAACAUCCUUCUAGACGACGACAUGAACAUCAAGCUCACUGACUUUGGCUUCGCCGUGCAAAUUCAACCGAAUCAAAAGCUCAAAGAGGUGUGUGGGACCCCUGGUUACCUCGCUCCUGAGAUCAUCGAGUGCUCCAUGGACGUAGGACAUGCAGGAUAUGAGACAGCUGUGGACAUAUGGAGUUCAGGUGUGAUCAUGUACACGCUGCUCGCAGGCUCUCCGCCCUUCUGGCACAGGAAACAGAUACUGAUGCUGCGGAUGAUCUUGGCCGGUGAUUACGACUUCUCAUCUCCUGAAUGGGAAGACCGCUCAGACACUGUUAAAGAUCUGAUCUCUCGGAUGCUGGUGGUGGAUCCAAAGCAGCGUUUCACAGCCAUGGAUGCUCUCAACCACUCGUUCUUCUCACAGUAUGUGGUGAAUGAAGUGAGACAGUUCAGCCCAUACAGACGCUUCAAGGUCAUCUGCAUGACUGUGCUCGCCACGAUGAGAAUCUACUGCAACUACCGCCGUGCCAAGCCUGUCACCAAGGAGGUGAUCAAGAGCGACCCGUACGCCGUCAAGCCCAUCCGCAAGCUCAUCGACGCCUGCGCCUUCAAGAUCUACGGCCACUGGGUGAAGAAGGGCCAGGCUCAGAACAGAGCAGCGCUGUUCGAAAACACGCCCAAGGCCAUCCUGCUGUCGAUAGCUGCAGAGGGAGACGAGCCCAUUCACAUCUGGUAACAGGCACCUGUUCCUCAGGUGAGCAUCCUCUGCAGCUGAACUCUGUAUGAUCUGGUGUCUGACCUCUACCAGACCAAGGUGAAACAAGUAUGUCAGUAAUGUGGACUGUAUAUUCAAUGAACUUUAAAAGCACUUUUCAGUACUGCAGUACAAUCGUGCCAAGUGUGGCAAACAUGAUGUCUGUAGCUCUGCAAGUAAGAUGUGUAACUGUUUGCUUGUUGUCAUCCAGGUUGAAAAACUGACUUUAAAAAUGUGCUGUUAAAUAAGUGUUUUAAAGUACAUUACUUAAAAUGAUCCUGAAGAUAUUUAUUACAAAUGGAGGCAACAGCUUCUCCGUGUUAAUUAUCAGACACAUUUUGAAUGACGAUGCUCUUUUGAUUGAUUGAUCCUGGUUUUAUAAAUGAUUUUCAGGAAUUUGUUUGAUCAGCUGCAUUACUCAAAAACUACAGAAUGGAAACUUGCAAUGAUGGGGCAUGGGCCAAGAAAUAACCCAUUCAAUUUAGCACUGGUCAAUGUAAAUUGGUAGAUUCUGCAAUUUUCCAUCACUUUCUUGAAAAUCUUGUUUUGACAUUUAACAGUUUUUUAGGGGGAAUAAUUCACAGAUAAUGAUAAUUCAAUGGAACUGUUGGGCCUUGGCGGAGGUUUGUGAAACCUUGGUUUAGCAGUUGAAGCUAAACUUGAGUAAAACUUAUUUUAACUGGAAUAUGAAAGAUAAUCUCCAUACUUGAAAUGGCACUGACUUACAUUUCUGCAUACUGUGUGGCUUUGUGAUGGUUGUGCAUGAUGUACGAUACUGGUAACAGCUUCAAGUGAAGUUGUAAAGAUUAAAGCACUUAAAAUGCUAAGAAUUUA